GGCAACAUGUUAUCAAAAAGCGGAGUUUACAAAAAGUUUACAAGGUUGCGAAUGUUGUUCAUAAUUACUUAAACUUCUUAAUUAGUUAUGAACAACGCAGUGGGAUUGCUGAAUUUGUCAUACAUCUGAAAUAUCAUUAUUAAAUUCCAAGUAAAUAUUUCCAUUAUUUGUAUGAUUUGAAGUCUUUAACAUGUUUCAAGAAUUCGAGAGCAUUAAGUUUUCUAAAAUUAUUAGUCACAAUUCAGAUGCUUGUGCAUCUUUUAGCCCCGGUGGAUUAGCACUGGCAUACGCUGCAGAAAACCAGCUUUAUAUUUGGAAUAUCGGAUCUAAAGAAAUAAGCCAGUUAUUUGUUUGUGAUCAUGCAAUUGAUUUUAUAGAGUGGUCACCAGAUUCUGAAUUAAUCUAUUGUAUUAUAAAAAAAGAAAAUUUAGUGCAGGUAUGGAAUCUUAAUUGUUUGUCUUGGAGAGGUAGAAUUAAUGAGGGUUGUUUAGCAAUUACUCAUGCAUCUUGGGCUCCUGACAGCCGACACAUUCUUAUUCUUUGUGAAUUUCACGUGAGUCUGAAAAUAUGGUCAAUUACUUCUGAGACAUGUGUGGAGAUUGAGAGUCCUAAACCUAUUGAAAACUGUUUUGCAUUUUCAUCCUGUGGGAAAUAUUUUAUUGUAGCUAAUAGGCCAAAAUUGAAAGAUUAUCUUUCUGUAUAUGCCUGUGACACAUGGCAAAUAAUAAAGAAUUUUCCUGUUGAUACCAAAGAUCUUUCAUCUAUUCAGCUUUCUUCUGUUGAUCUAGUCAUUGGUGUCAUAGAUGCAUUAGUUGAAUAUAAAAUAUUAUUUUAUUCUAUUGAUGGGAGGCUGUUAGGAAAAUACACAAAAGAAGGACAUAUAGGACCAUAUUCACUUUCUUGGAACCCAACAGGAAAACUUGUUGCUGUAGGAGAUAUUGGAGGUAUAACGCUGCUUCAAAGUUUGGAUUACAAGUUAAAAACAUCCUGCCAGAAUUUAACUGUUUUGGGAUCUGAAAAUAUUGUAUUGUACAACAAAAGUGAAAAAUCUGAUAUGAUGAAUUCCUCAAACAAGUUUGCUUCAAGAUGUGAAAUAUAUGAUGUGAUUAAAAGAAGACCCAUAUCUAUUUUGCAAUUGCUGGGGGAGAUAGAGAAACCAGAUAUGAAACAAACAAUGAAAACUGGAGUUCACAUCCUUCAAUUUAGCAGUGAUGGGCAGUAUUUAGCAUUUGUGCAUGGUCUUACACUCAGAGUUAUAUAUCUGUUUCAUGUUGAAAAACUGCAGUUGUCUGAUAUUAUAAUCCAGAAUCAAAAUGUAAAAAGUUUGUGCUGGCAUCCUAAGCAAAACUUUUUAAUCAUUUGUACUGGAUCGGAUACUUUAAAUAUGUGGACGCCAAAUUAUUGUAUUUGUUUUAUGUCACCAUAUGAAGAUAAAUUUUCUAUAAUUAAAGCAUCAUGGCAUCCAAAAGAAGACUUCUUAAUUUUAAAUAGCAAAGAGUGUUCUUCAUUAUUAUACUUACCUGGAAGUUUUUAAGGAACCUGAACAUUUGAUUUAACUUUUUGAUUCUGUAUUAUUUUAUGUUUAAUGAUUUUUGAAAUUGUAAAAGAAUAGUAUUUAUAAAAUUUAUUACAAGAAAUGAC